AUGAAUUCUCCUUUCGGUAGAACAUUUCUUUUCCUUACGAACCUUGCCUGGAAAAGUCGUAUCACCCUCCCGGUGCUCAUCAGCGCUGGGUUCAUGAUAAUGAACUUUCGCUGGGAAGUGGAAAUCAAUAUACACACAGAACGCAUAGCAUUCCCGGGCGUUGGGGAGGGACAGGGUGGCGGUAUCGCGGCCAUUGACUAUAGUCUCGAGGAAUCUUGGGAGACUAUCGAUAGUGAUGAUGACGAUGAGUACGACGAUGAGGACGAGGAGUCCGAUUACGAGGACCAUAUCGAGUACGACAAUGGGGAUGAAGAAGAUGAAAGUGACGACGGUGGCAACGAUGAGGUGAGACGAAUAACUUUGGUUACAUUCUAG